UCUCCUGUUCUUCAAUACGAUCUUUUCCCCACUGCCGCCGCCUAGGUCAUAUCCUAUCGCCGCCGGCCACCACAGAGCAUGCCCCAUCCGCUGUUGCUCGCCCCAAUCCAGAGCAAUCUAGAGAGCUGUCGCGCGUGCGCCGAAUCAUUUGCUCAGAUCCGGUACGAGCUGCUGACAUCGCCAUGGGAGCGGAGACGAACCUCUCGUCGCUGCAGCUAGAGCCGACUAAGUUGCGGGAGACGGAGACCUUGCCCAACGACGAUCAGAAUUGGAUGUCGGCACUGCGAGAGUCUGUUUCGUUCGGGCGGUUCCUAUCCGAGCCACUCGAGUGGCAUACCACGGGACACGUCUCGCCGGCAACGAUGGCGCAUGUCCAAUCACCGCCUACAGCUGAGCUCGAUCUGCCGGUACAUAUCGCGGCGGUCGGACCUCAAUCUGUGUCCAACUGUGGUGAUGCUUACAUUGGUAGUUCUGGACCAGCCCAGAGUUGUAAUCCAUGCUUGCCCGUGGCUCGUUCGUCAGUAAGUGCAACUCAUAUUGGAGGAGCAGAUCUCUAUAUGUCAUUAAUGGAGCCGAUGGAGAGCUUUGGUCAGAGUGUAGGAUCGACUACUCCAAUUGCACUUGAAGAUGAUGCCAAUAGCAGUUUCACGGAUGCAAAGCAGUUGGCUUCAUGUGGUGGAGAUAGUUACAGUACACCCAGGAAAACAAGUAGCAUGCCGAUCUGUGGUUCAAUAUACGUGCCUGAGUGUGAUGAAAGCUUGGAGCCGGCAAUUGGCAUGGUCUUUGAUAAAUGGGAGGCUGGUGAGAUGUUCUACACACGGUAUGCUCAUGAGGUUGGGUUCUCAGUCCGCAGAUUUACACAACAUAAGGGGGAUGGUGGUGUACCAGUGUGGAAACGUUUUGUUUGUGCAAGACAAGGAUGGAGGGAGGAGAAAUAUAUACUGAAUGAUCAUGUGAAGAAGCCCAGGAGGAAAGUUAAGCUAACUAGGUGUGGCUGUGAGGCUAUGAUUAGCUUGAAGAUAAGAGAAGAUGGCAAGUAUGAGGUCGCCCGAUUCGUCCAUGAACAUACGCAUCAGCUUGUCUCACCAAGUAAGAAACAAUUCCUUAGAUCAAACAGGGAAGUCACUAGUGAAUUGAGGAGCACAUUUUUCACAUGUCGCAAAGCAUUGAUGGGCCCUUGCCAAACAUAUCACUUCAUGACUGCACAAAAGGGUGGACCAGAAAAUAUUGGUUGCACUAAGUGUGAUUUACAAAAUUAUUGUCGUGAUAUCAGUGAGAUAAUUAAAGAUGCGGAUGCACAAACAAUUAUUGAUGCUAUGCGAAGUAAACAAAGGAUCAAUCCAACUUUCUUCUUUGAUUAUGAACAAGAUGAUGAGAAGAAGUUAACACACAUAUUCUGGGCUGAUGGUGCCUGCAGAAAAAACUAUGCACUAUUUGGCGAGGUAAUGUCUUUUGACUCCACUUAUAGUACCAAUCAGUACAACCUAGUUUUUGCCCCUUUCACUGGUGUGAACCAUCACAAGGCAUGUGUUACAUUUGGUGCUGCAUUUGUAUGCCAUGAGAAGGUUUGGUCGUACAAAUGGUUGUUCAAGACCUUUUUCAAGGCAAUGGGAGGUGUUGCACCUAAACUUAUCAUUACCGAUGAGGAUCAGAGCAUGAAAGCUGCAAUCAAAGAAGUCUUUCCUCAAACCGUACAUAGACUUUGCAUGUGGCACAUUCUCUAUAAACUCCGUCAGAAUGUUGGUCAUGAUUUAUUCAAUGAUGAAGAUUUCCGCAGGCAAUUUAGUGCAUGUGUUUGGGGUUCAGAGACUCCGGAAGAAUUUGAGGAAAAAUGGUCCACAAUAAUUUCACAUUAUGAAUUAGAAAGCAACAUAUGGCUGGCUGGCAAGUUCGGAAUUCGUCACUUGUGGAUACCUGCAUACUUCAAAGGCGUAUUUCUUGGUGGGUUAUUGCGGACUACAUCGAGAUCUGAGAGUGAGAAUGCUUUCUUUGGUCACUUUCUCAACCGGCGACUCUCUUUGCUUGAGUUUUGGAUAAGAUUUGAAAGUGCCAUUGAAGAACAACGACAAAAGGAAUUGGAGGAUGACAAUAGCACAAUUCAUACACUACCGCUGCUAGAGACUACUUGGAGUAUUGAGAGUCAUGCUAGGCAUGUCUAUACUCAUACUAUCUUCCUACUAUUUCAGGAUGAGGUGAUUGCCGCAAGGGAUAGGCGUGAUGUACUAUCAAUACAACAAGUUGGUGAGGUACAAAUCACUUGUAUUUCAGACUUAAGUGGCAAAGUUAGAGAGGUGCUCUACAGCACCACAACCAAGGUUGCACAUUGUUCUUGUAAAUUGUUUGAAUCUAUUGGUAUACCCUGUUCCCACAUCAUCAUUGUCCUCAAGAGAGAGAAAUUCAAGGAGAUCCCAAGUCAUUAUAUUCUUCAUAGGUGGACAAAACUAGCUACAAAGACGGUAGUACUUGAUUCAAAUGGCAAUACACUUGAAGGGACAACUAAAUCUCUUCCACCCAACAUUAACCGAUUGUACUCCGAGACAUGCACCAAAUUCAAUAUGGGCAUGAUGGCUGCCAAGAAUUGUGAGGAGAAGAUGCAAUAUUUGCAUAAGGGUAUUGCAAAUGUUGUUGACCAUGUUUUGCAUAUGGGAACAAGCAAUGGACAGACAAAGAUCCAGGAAUUUGAGUCAUUUAUUGGUGUAUCAAUUCCAAGAGAGAUAAAUAUCCACCCACCAGCUAUAGCACACACUAAAGGAAGUGGCACAAAGAUGAAGCAGGGUUUUCAGCCAGCAACAAGUGGAAAAAAGAAAAAGAGGUCAAGAAACAACAAAAAUGAUCAGGAGAAUUAGAUGGCGCAACAGACAUGCAGGUGUGCAUUUGUGCCCAGCAUAGGAUGGCAUACAAGGAGAAUAUGGACCCACCAAGCGCUCUGUAGUGAAGCCUGUUUGGUUUAAUUAUGUAAAUUAGUGAACUAAAUAGUACGCCUGUAAAUAUAUGUAUAUUAAGAUCAUGUUAAUUCCUAGACCAAGAUGGCAGCAUAUGAUGCAACUUUAUUUGUUUAAAUGCUUAUAUUCCAGCGAUCUUUUGAUGCUAUGAAUGACUUUUGGCAAUUUGCCA